AUGAUAAUUGUUGCUUCCAAACUUUCGCCACAAGCGACAGUAUCGAUUAUAUGUAAUGGUUUUGAACUAGCAAAACAAGUCAAUCGACAGACAAAAAAACUCUUGGAAGAAGCCAAACACAACCCCACUCUCCACAUUGUCCAGGUGGGGGACAACAAAGCCAGUUCUCUCUACAUCAAUAAAAAAGUAUCAGUCUGUCGGAAUAUGGACAUAUCCCUCUACGGGAAGAACGUGACCGUGGUGGGGCACUCCCCCCAACUUGGAAUGCCCAUUGCCUCCAUUCUCAAAUCUGCUGGUUCAUUCCUGUUUUGUAGUCUAGGCAAGGCCAAUGUGACAAUGUUGAGUUCCAGUUGUAAUUUGGAUGACUUGAAACGGCAUAUUCUGGGGGCGAGUGUUGUGGUCAGUGUUUGUGGCAUUCCGGGACUGAUUCGGGGCGUUGCCCCCAAGUGCAGUUUCAUCACCCCCGUGCCCGGAGGAGUGGGGCCUGUCACUGUUUCUAUGCUUGUUCAGAAUGUUGUUAAACUACAUAUUCAGAAAUAUUAUUGA